AUAUCGAUUUUUGAUUAACCGAUAAUUGACCAGCUUCGAUUCAAUUCUCGGUUAACCGAAGAACCGAGUACCCACAUACCCCAACACGUACAUCAUCUAAAAUUCCCUUCAAAUCGGCGCUCCACUCUCUCUCAAUUGGCGGAACUCUCCUUGCCUCGCCGCCACGCCCACCGCCCUUCCUCACCGGGUUUUCUUUCACCGUCCUCCUGCUUCACCAGCCCCGUCGGAUUCCGGUAUUAAUGAAGAUCUCUAACCUUUUGGAAGGGGAUUCUGAGUGUGGCAUAAUGAACAAAAGUGCCAAAAAGGGUUGUUUAUCUGUAAGAAAAUACACGAAACUGAGAGAUAUUUUGUUUGCAAAUCUACCGGAAGAGAUUACGAUAGAGAUCUUACAAAGACUCCCCAUUAGGAGUGUUAUGGCGUGCAAGUGUGUUCUUAAAUCAUGGCGCCAUCUGAUUGAGGGGAUGUCGUAUACUCCGAAACCAUGCCAAUUUUUCGUGUAUGGAGACUUGGAAAUGAGUGUGGGAUCAAAGGUUGGUGUUGUGCUGCACUUAUGAUGAAAUUGAAUAGCCUCUACUCUUAUGAUCGAAUUCUUCAAAUGAGUGGUACUUGUAUUAGAAUGAAGAUCGCUGCAACUUGUAUUAGAAUGAAGAUCGCUGCAAGGUUUAAUUAAGCCUUGCGCUCACAUGGGCUGUUUUGAUCUGGACGUAUUUGUGGAGAUGAACCAACCGUUCCAGGAAAGGUAAAAUUGAUUAUAUACUUAAAUGCAUGUUCUUGCUGUGAACAAGUUUUGAAUCAUUUAUAUUCAAGACCUUCCUCGGUAUUGUUUUUAUGAUCUUGAGUGCUGUUUGAGAAUGCAGUGGCAAUGUCCCAUUAGUCUGAAAUCUUGGUAGAAUAUCAUCAUAGAUCCUUAUUUCAA